UUACUUAGACGAAUUCAUCAUUUAUAUCUCUCAUUUCCUAAAAAAAAUUAACGAAAUGAAUUUGCUUCAAUCUUACGCUCUGUAGCUUAAUGGGACGUGCUUAAUUUCUACGUACGCCGAGUUUAUAUGGUAACUUUUCUACUCAAUUAGGGUUUGCAAUUUUCUGCACUUUUAUUUCGUCAAUUUAGUCGCCACAAUUUCAAUUCCCCCUUUAUGUAACUUUUUUUGGAUAUUGAAUUUGUGAUGGGGGAACAAACAUCUGAUUUAAUUGCAAUGGAAAUUGAUUCGAAUCCGGAACAAUUAUCAGUUGCUAUUGCUACUAUUAGUGCUUUGAAUUUGAAUGAUCCAAUUCAUCAAGUUCAUGGUUAUCGUAAUAGUAAUCUAUAUAAUCCUGAUACAUGGGAAAGUGUUUUGAAUCGCAAUCGAAAUGCUGUCGAAAAGCCAGAAGCUAGUAAAACUGAUGUUGCUGCUGCUGCAUUGGAUAAGACUAAGAGUAAUGAUGGAAGUUUCUUUGAUUGUAAUAUUUGUUUAGAUUUGGCUAAGGAUCCUGUUGUGACUUGUUGUGGUCAUUUGUUUUGUUGGCCAUGCAUAUAUAGAUGGUUGAAUUUAAGAGCUUCUCGAACUCGGACUAAAGAAUGUCCUGUUUGCAAGGGUGAAGUUACUGAUAAGGAUGUUAUUCCUAUAUAUGGUGUUGGGAAUAAUGACGAGGUUCCUAAUGAGGAUUCAACCUGCGAAACGCCUCAAAUUCCUCCAAGACCUAAUGCAAAGCGUGUCUCGAGGGAUUCUAAUCCAAGGCCUGUCUUAUGGGAUUUUAAUUCAACUGUCUCGAGGGAUUUUAAUGAAAGGCCUCAUUCCCUAUUUGGACCACCACCGGGCCAUCAUAUUCGGGGCUCAAAUUUUCAAUUUGCUACUGCUUACUCAGUCUCCCAUGUUCAAAGAUAGCAUAGCAGAAUUUAACUAUUAGACUCAGUUCACAUGGUUAAUCAAGAAAUAUUCAGCUUACAAACUUGGUGCUGCUGAAGUCCAGAUCUUCAGGUCCGAUUUUGUGUGGUUGAAGCUUUGUCUAUGUUUUAUGAAUAUUUUGUUGAAAUUGUAUAGCUUAUAUGAUUUGCUUGUAACUUUUUAGUAAGUUGUUUUUAGUGUUUAACUUGUCUGCUUCAGAUUCACAAGUCUCUAACUUAUGUUGUUUUCUUUUUGUUGCUUACUCGCUUGUUGGUGUCCCUCGUGGUGCCUAUUUCUUUCUUAGUCAUGACAUGUUAGAUAUAUAAGUCAGGAGCAAGUCCAAAGCUUAAAUUUGUAUUUGUUGCUUUUGCAUGAACUCUGUACUUUGCUCUAUUAGUGGUUAGUUGAUCUACACAUAAUGUAAUGUCUAGCUUUUAGCUAUUUGAAUGAAAUAUCAAUUUCUCGACCAAUAAAAA